UUUUGGAAGUGGUAUUCACUUUUUUUUUUACACAAAUGUCUUAGUUGCUACCAUCAAAUAAUAUUAAACCUCUUCUGUGCCAAAUGUCUGUAACUCUAAUCCUGUCUGAAGGAGUACACAAACAGAGCAGCUGUAAGAGGAGGAGCAACACUGGAGGAGAGAGAGCUGCAACGCACUUUCCAGAAAUGAAACUUAUCGUUUGUCAGAGCAGCAGUGGAGACACAACUCUGGAUUUUCUGUCCGAAAGACGAUUAAACUGAAUUUUUCAGUCCUCUCUCAACAAUUUACUGAAAUACUGUUUGUAGACAUGUCUUCUGUCAGCUGUCUGCUAUCCGAAGAACACUUUCGGUGCUCCAUCUGUCUGGAUGUGUUCACUGAUCCAGUCAGCACACCAUGUGGACAUAACUUCUGCAAAAGCUGCAUCACCAAACACUGGGAUAUUAAUUACAGGUGUCCCUUGUGCAAUGAGGGUUUUAAAAAAAGACCUUUUUUGAGGGUCAACACUUUGUUCUCUGAGAUGGUCGCUGAGUUCAGACACUCGGCUCAACAAAAAGCCAACCGCAAACGGUCACAGCAACAUGUCUUCAAUCCAGUAGAUGUUUCUUGUGAGUUUUGCACUGGAACUAAACUGAAGGCCCUAAAGUCCUGCCUAGUGUGUCUGGCCUCCUACUGUGAGACUCACCUGGAGCCUCAUUUCACUGUGUCAGGCCUGAAAAGACAUCAGCUGAUCGACCCUGUGGAGAACCUGGAAGACAGGAUGUGUGUAAAGCACGGUAAACCUCUGGAGCUGUUCUGUAAGACCGACCAGACAUUUGUCUGCAUGCACUGCUCUGCUUUAGACCACAAGAUGCAUGUGUUUGUUCCUCUGAAAGACGAAUAUGAAGACAAGAAGGUUGAGCUGGUGAAGACGGAGGUUAAAAUUCAGGAUAUGAUCGAGAAGAGACGAGUAAAGAUUGAGGUGAUCAAACGCUCAGUAAAGUGUAGUACGGAAAGUGCGCAAAUGGAGCUAUCAGAAGGGGUUGAGGUCUUCAAUUCUCUGAACAAGUUUCUUGAGAGAGGCCUGAAUGAGCUCUACAAAACAAUAGGAGAGAAGGUUACAACAACACAGAAACAGGCUGAAGGCCUCAUCAAAGAGCUGGAGCAGGAAAUAUCUGAUCUGAAGAAGAGAAACACUGACGUGGGGCAGGUCACGCGCUCAGAAGACCACCUCCUUGUUCUCCGAAGCUUCCCGUUACUGAAAGCUGUUCCUCCCACAAAGGACUGGAUGAAGGUCAACGUCCAUGCACCUUCAUAUGAGAAAACUGUGGAGGGGGCCUUGAUUCAGCUGGAGGAGACACUUAACAAAGAGACGAAGAAGCUGCUCGGUGAGGCUGAGCUGAAGAGGGUCCAGAAGUACGCAGUAAAUGUGACUCUUGAUCCUCAAACAGCACAUCCUGAACUCAUCCUGACUCCUGAUAGGAAGCAAGUGAGUCAUGGUGAUGUGAGGAAGAAUCUCCCAGACAACCCAGAGAGAUUUUCUCAUUAUAAUUUUGUUUUGGGGGAGCAGAGUUUCACGGCAGGGUUUCCAGGCAGAUUUUACUACGAGGUUCAGGUUCAAGGGAAGCCUAAAUGGAAUUUCGGAGUGGUCAGGAAGUCGAUCAACAGGAAGGGAGAGGUCAAAAUGAAGCCUCGGGAGGGUUAUUGGACUAUAUGUUUGAGAGGAAAUGAGUACAAAGCUCUUGAUGAUCCUUCAGUCCUUCUCUCUCUGAAGUCUCAGCCUCAGAAGGUGGGGGUGUUUGUGAGUUAUUCAGAAGGUCUUGUCUCCUUUUAUGACGUAGAUGCUGCAGCUCUUAUCUACUCCUUCACUGGCUGCACCUUCACCGAGAAACUCUUCCCAUUCUUCAGUCCCUGUAGGAACGACGGGGGCAAUAAUGCUGCCCCUCUGAUCAUCCGUCCUGUCAAUCAAAACACCUGAUCUUUGGGAUCAGCAUUUUGAGCAAUGCAAAUGAGGAAUUGCCAACAAUAUGUUAACAUACAGUGUGAAUAUUAAUAUGUGCAUAAACAUGCCAGACAAAAUGUUCAUACUAAAAUAGGCAUAGUGAUCAAUACUGGUAUGCCAAUGUAUUAUAGAAGAAAAAGUGCUUAAUUCUUAUAAAAUGACAGCAUAAAAUUACAUAUUCAGUUGAAAUGUUAUCUGAAUUUGAUUGACCAUCGUCUGUAAAUCAUACGAGGGGACUGUAGUAAAAAAAAUGGUUAUUGUACAAAAUGUGUUUUUUUUUUACUAUAAUUUUAAGGAUCCUUGAGGAGAGAAUUGAUUUGUUCAGUGGUUUUUAUUAUGGAGAAAGGAUGUAAUAAUAAGUAACAUUGAUUUAUUGCUGGACUGGGGAUGCAAUUGUACUGGGGCGGUGGUGGCAAAGUGGUUAGGGGCUUGUCACCAGUUCAAGUUCCUCAAUUUCCCUCGGGAUAAAUAAAGCUUCUUGAAUCUUGAAUCUUGAAGUCCCCGAAAGACCAAGUGCUACCGUGGUGUCCCUGAGCAAGGACACCGUUCCCUACGCUGCUCCCCGGGCGCUGUACAUAUGGCAGCCCACUGUUCCUAACACUAGGAUGGGUCAAAUGCAGAAUUCUCGAAUUUCCCCACGGGGAUUAAUAAAAGUAUAUCAUUCUUUCUUUCUUUUACUGUAUAUUUCAGUUUGCCUUUAAGAUCUUACUUAUUUUAGUUGCACUUUAUUUGGGUGUGGGAAUAAUCGAUGCCAGUUCAUCUAUUGAUAUGGACAAAGUAUUUUCAGAACUGCACAAUCUUUGUAAACCAACCAUUUUACAGCAGGGUCUGCAUCUGUAAACAACCAUGUGCCAUCUCAAUCUAAAAAUAUAAGUGUUUAGUAAAUGAAAACAUGUUUACUCAUCAGAAACUGGCUUAAAGGAAACUGCAGCUUUAAAAAAAUACCUUAAAUCUGCAAUACCUUAAAGUUUUUCUACAGACAGUUUUAACAUGAUACUUGGUCUUCCUCCUCAUUCCUAAAAGACAAACAUUGUUGAUUUAUUAAGUCUAUGUUGGUGAAGGAAAACAUAUUUUGUGAUGAAUGAAACUACUCUGUUGUUCAGUAUUACUCAAGUAAAGUUUUGUGCAUAAGAAGAAA